AUGUGGCCCAUCAGCUCGCCCAUCUGUGUCCCAUACGCACCCACCAUCAAUAAUUUGGAGCCUCACCUGAGCGCAAUGGAGCUUACGGUAGAAGAGAAACAGCCAAACACACAUCACAGCAAACUAGAAGCAAUCAAACACAGCAUCACAACAGCUCAGAAACAGCCAAACACAGCAUCACAACAGCUCAGAAACCCACAAACACAGCAUCACAACAGCUCAGAAACAGCCAAACACAGCAUCACAACAGCUCAGAAACAGCCAAACACAGCAUCACAACAGCUCAGAAACAGCCAAACACAGCAUCACAACAGCUCAGAAACAGCACAAACACAGCAUCACAACAGCUCAGAAACAGCCAAACACAGCAUCACAACAGCUCAGAAACAACCAAACACAGCAUCACAACAGCUCAGAAACAGCCAAACACAGCAUCACAACAGCUCAGAAACAGCCAAGCACAGCAUCACAGCAACCCAAGAAACACACAAACACAGCAUCACAGCAGCUCAGAAACAACCAAACAGCAUCACAGCAACCCAGAAUGCCAAAACACAGCUUCACAUCUCAGAAACAGCGAAACACAACAGCCAAAAACAGAAUCACAGCAACCCAAAAAGCAGUCAAACACAGCAUUUCAGCAACCUAGAAAGCCAAACACAGCAUCAAAUCUCAUAA